AUGGAGCCUACGAUGCAGGAACAUGUCUCAAGUAAUGCUGAGCUGUCCGAAGAAACAACCAUCGUUGUCAUUGACCACGAAGCGUUCGAACAACAGCCCGAUGGCAACAGGAAGAUCGUGCACCUGAAGCAGCCACCAAACUUUAUCGCAAUGGGCUACUCCGGAUACAUCUGCAAAGCCGACCAAAAUACAGUCAUCAAACAUCCAAAGUACCUUCCCGAUAAUGAGCCUUACAAUGAAAUGUACCGCGACAUGAUCAGUACCGAGAAAGAAAUCUACGAGCGCCUGGGAAACCAUAAAGAAAUUAUACCGUACCUGGGCGUGCAUGAUCAGUCAACAGGCGCAAUCAAGCUGGCUUAUGCACAGCAAGGAGAUCUUGAAACAUAUAUUGGAAACCACGACAAGCCAUCCAAAGCAACUCGCACCUCGUGGAUUCAACAAUACCUGAAGGUUACUGAUUUUGGUAAUGCCGAGAUAUAUGCGUUGGAUGCUAAUAUGGAAGCUAUCUACAUGGAAGAACCUUUUCCGCGAGUCGACAUACUUGGCAUUGGAUGCACUAUUUAUUCUAUCGCAGCAUGGCGUGCCUUCUGGUACGACUACUUUGAACAAGAUCGCUGGCCGGAACCAGAGGAUAUCCCUGUGACAACUGGUUUACUUUGUGAAAAUGUCAUCAGAAAAUGCUGGAGUAACAGCUAUGAGAACAUGCAGUCGCUGUAUGAGGACUUCAAUGCUUCCACUAGCACGGAUCUGCCGCUUGCGAAGGAAGAGUAA